AUUUUAUCCUCUACAUCGUUGCUCCUCUUUGUCAUCAGAAAAAGAUGCAAGAAACUCCGGUCAUCGUUGUCGGAGCCGGACCCUCUGGCCUCGCCACCGCGGCCUGCCUAAACAUCCAAUCAAUCCCUUACAUACUCCUUGAAAGAGAAGACCGUUUCGCUUCUCUAUGGACAAAAUACUCUUACGACUGUCUCCACAUCCACUUACCCAAGCAAAUCAGUACUCUUCCCCACAUGCCAUUCCCUGCUAAUUUUCCCACCUAUGUUCCCAAAGACCAAUUCGUACAAUACCUACAAAGCUAUGUCUCCCAGUUCAACAUCACUCCUCUGUACCGGAGGUGCGUGUUGCCAGCAAUAUCAAGCAUAAGAGGCAAUGAGGUGUUAUUUGAGAAUGGGAAGGCACAUUCCUUUGACACAAUAGUUUUCUGCACCGGAUUCAGGCCAUCCACAAACAAGUGGCUUAAGGGAGGUGACCAUUUGCUGAACGAGAAAGGGAUUGCAAAGAACAAUUUCCCUAACAACUGGAAAGGAAAGAAUGGGUUAUACUGCACUGGAUUGUCAAGGACAGGGUUUAAAGGAGCAAGUUUUGAUGCCCAGAGCAUAGCCAGCGACAUCAAGUCACUACUGUAACACAGAAAGCUGGAAAAAGAAGGAAGUGCUUUGAUGAGUUCUAGUUUCUAUAAUGUUAUUGUUGGAUUGGUUACCUUCUGGGAGGUUGAUGUCCUGAUAAAACGAAAUUUAUGCAUUCUAGGUACCUGUGUGCAAGGACUAUGCCAUCACAUAGUGGGAGAAAAGCUGAAAAUAAAGUGUUUGAAUGGGU